AUGAGAGGAUCGACUUCCCUUGGGCGCAAAAACUCAAGCAAGCCCAGUGUAUUGGCCCGCGCCGAAACGCUGUCUUCCAAACCAACCCUGACCCGUGUACCUUCUAUCCAGACACGAUACAUGGAGAUGCUGUUACACCUAGAUCAAAUUCCUCGGCUAUACAAUAUCCUGGCCAGCCUGUUCACCUGGAUUUUGCUCGCGGGCUUUCUCGUCGUCCCCGGUACCUUUACAACUUUCAAGAAUUCCAAGGCGUUCCAAGAUGCCGACAACGAUGAUGACGCUAACGAGGUUGCUCACGCAAUUGUGCACUCGAUUGCGCAUAUUGGUCUGCUGUGGCUAUCUGGCGCGUUCUGUGUCGUUGGGACUCUGGGAUGCCUCUGGCUGUGGCUUCGUUGGCGCAAGAACUAUGUCUGGCUGAUAAACCGCAUCUUUCUACCAGUCACGCUGAACUCCGUCGCCGGCUUGAUCACAACUCUCGUCAACGUCUAUACUGCCCAGCAUGGUGUAUGGAGUGUGACGGCGAAAAUCACUGCUAUCGUGACAGGAUCCUGCGUUGGGGUGGCAGGGAUUCUUUUCGGGUGCUAUAACUUUUGGGUAUUGCGCAGGAUACAAAAGGCACACGCAAGAGAAACGGGCCUCAAUACUCAGCACGAGGAUGAGACGCUGGUGGAGAAGGACCGAGGAUACCACCUCGAUCCUGAUGUUCGUGUCGGCCUUGAAAUUAACCAUGAUGAAACCCCAUACUGGUUUUCCGACGACAGCAUCACCGAUCGAAGCAUAGCCGCAGAAGAACCAUGCCCAUUACUCGACUACUCUGCCGUUGGCGCAUUAGCAAGACCUUCACCUACGAUAUCUUCCGAGACAGGAGGCGGAAAAGUCAUCUUCAAGAGAAAGGGAACGCGAAGCCUCUCUGAAGCAGACCUCAAUGAAAAUCCCUCGCCUCCACUACCUCCCAUUCUCAUGACCACAAAGGCACGCACAAGCAUCCAGCUCCCCAGUUGCCAUUUGGAGCCUUCAAGGAAUCGAUGUCCGCCAGAAUACCACUCAGACUACCUCAAUGAUGUCAGGAUUCCAAGUCCAUUGCUAUACCACAGCUCACAAUUCGAAUACACUACACCCUCUGACAAUCCUUGGUUGACCUGGAACGUCUCGUCCUUCGAGUUCGCCCAUGGCCAGCAAAAGCCAGAACCUGACUUUACCAGUUACCGGCCCGUCGUGUGUGGUGCUGCUCUGGACGAGCGGACACAUAUGCAACGUAAUGAAAGCUUGGGGUAUGCUGUUUGCACGGCUGCAUCCUCCCGGCACAAAGCAGAAGCAAGUCACGUCUCGGACGGCAGCCAUGAUUCUUCGACUCAUGGCGAUGUUCUUUCGUCAGGCGAUGACCUUGACUCCCAAGAAUUGACGCGGACCAACCAAGGAUAUUCACUCAUCGCGGACGUCGAGAGAAAUGGUCCCGUUACUCCCAUGGGCCUUGACUUUCCAUGGUGUCAUGAUUUUUUCAUGCCAAAGGUCUCGUAUAGCCAAGAAAUAGGUGUGCCACCCGAUGCCGCACCAUCUGAGGACAAUUUAAUCUUUCCCACACUGCCAACUCCGAUCAACCUUGACCACGCGUUGAUUGCUUGUUGCAGCGUCAACAACAUUGUUCACCCAAGCGGAAAUCAAGCUGCCAGAAGUUGGGAGCGAGCAGGCAGAGGGUUGCCAUCAUUUCGAGAUCCAGUUGACACCACUCCGUCCCCGUCCAUUUCGGACGCGGUAGAGGCAGCUGUCCAUGGAGCUUGCAGUGCCAGCGAACCGCAGACCACUCGAGGAUCCUUAGAUAGUAGAGAUGGUACGAUCACCUCGGACGGGCCCUAUCCUGGCGCUGCAAUCAAGGUUGUCAUUCCACCAUGCAUGGACCUGGUUCCGGCACGACUGUACCAGCACCAACUCAUUGCGUGGCCACUGUCAACUGCAGCUGUUGAGGCGAGAAACAGACGCGACAGUGACGUAUCGGCUGUUCUCAGAAUGGCAGACUGGUUGGCAGGAUUGAAUACGCUAGGACCCUAUGUGGGUGGCCAGUUGGGUCUACCUCUUCCCAAGCCACCAGGCAAUGACGCCGGUCUCAAUUCUAGGAGAAAUAUGUCGACUUCUAACGAUACUCUGAGUUCAGUACUUUCUGCCCGGGCUCAGUGCCACGGAGGGUUUGCAGAGGAUGAAGCUGAUUCGGGCUCACCCGAUGAAGGGUACUUCACCUGUAGUGAACGCUAUUCGGAGACCGACUUGCUGGAAGACACACCCACCGAUGAGGAAUGGGUCGAUUGGGAAUGGGAUUUUGAGUCGGAUGAUGUGGAUGAGAGGAUUGGACUAUUUGCCACUGAAUGGGAGGGAGCGAGUAAGGCAGAUGCGGUGUAA